CGCCGCGGCUAGUUCCGGUUAGCCUUUAGCUCCAGCGCGUCGGUUCUUCGGUUCUUUUUUUCACGCAGUGUUUUUCUUUUCACCCGGGACACCGCGCUCCCCGCGCGCUCACGCACCUUUACACAUGUAGUGCGUGAAAGCCGCGCACUUUGGACCUGAAAACCGCAGUUUAUCUCCAGCGCCGCAGCAGCUCGUGACCACCGCGGCUAAAGCCAAAGCUAACAACAACUACAACAACAAACAACAACAACAACAACAAACACCAGAGAGAAAAAGAACCACACCCGGGAGAAAGACACACACCCGGGAGAAAGACACACACCCGGGAGAAAGACAGACGCAGCCGGGGAAGAGUCUCCAGACGCAGGAUGGGGAACCAGCUGGCGGGCAUCGCUCCAUCGCAGAUCCUCUCCGUGGACAGUUACUUUUCAGACAUCCACGAUUAUGAGUACGACAAGAGCCUGGGCAGUACCCGCUUCUUCAAAGUGGCACGAGCCAAACACCGAGAGGGGCUGGUCGUGGUCAAAGUCUUCGCCAUCCAGGACCCGUCUCUGCCGCUCACGAGUCACCGUCAGGAGCUGGAGGAGCUGAAGAUUCGUCUUCACUCGUGUCAGAACUGUCUGCCCUUCCACAAAGCCUCGCUCACCGAGAAGGCCGGGAUCCUCUUCAGGCAGUACGUCCGAGACAACCUGUACGACCGGAUCAGCACCAGGCCGUUCCUGAAUAACAUAGAGAAGCGUUGGUUGGCGUUCCAGAUCCUGAGCGCGGUGGAACAGUCUCACCGCUCCGGCGUCCGUCACGGCGACAUCAAGUCUGAGAACAUCAUGGUGACGAGCUGGAACUGGGUCCUGCUCACGGACUUCGCCAGCUUCAAACCCACGUUCCUCCCGGAGGACAACCCGGCCGACUUCAACUACUUCUUCGACACGUCGCGCAGACGCACGUGUUACAUCGCCCCCGAGAGGUUCGUGGACGGGACUAUGUUCACCACGGAGAGCGACCAGACCACGCCCCUCGUCGACCUGACCAAUAACAACCAGAGGAGCCGCGGCGAGCUCAAGGCCGCCAUGGACAUCUUCUCUGCAGGUUGUGUGAUCGCAGAGUUGUUCACUGAAGGUGUUCCGCUCUUCGACUUGUCUCAGCUCUUGGCCUAUCGCAAAGGACUUUACCAAACUGAACCUGUGCUGCAGAAGAUCGAAGACCACAGUGUGCGCCAGCUGGUGUCUCACAUGGUCCAGUUGGACCCAGAGAAGCGUCUGUCUGCAGACGAGUACCUGAAGCAGCAGAGGGGACGAGCUUUUCCUGAUGUUUUCUACUCGUUUCUCCAAAACUACAUGGUCCAGUUCACCACCGAGUCCCUGCAGCCCGCGGACGAACGGGUCCUGCUCGUGCACCGGGACCUGGACCACAUCCUGGACCGACUCAGCUCCGGCCCCGCCCCGUCCCCUGGCCCCGCCCCCUCCUCGUCCUCUGCCCCGACCCCGGAGCCUUCCCUCUCCCCAGACGCCUCGGUGAGCUCUCGGGAGGAGCAGGGGCUGACGGUGCUGGUGUCGGUGCUCACCUCGUGCCUCCAGACGCUUCACUCGUGCGACAGUAAACUGGCGGCUCUGGACCUGGUUCUGCGGCUGGCGCCUCGUCUGGGCGUGGACUUCCUCCUGGACCGCAUCACGCCGUACCUGCUGCACCUGUGCGCCGACGCCGUGCCGCGUGUGCGCGCCCAGGCCCUGCGCACACUCACCCGCGUCCUGGGCAUGGUCAAGGAGGCUCCGAGGAACGACACCAACAUCUACCCCGAGUACAUCCUGCCCGGAAUCGCUCAACUGGCUCAAGAUGAAGCCACCAUCGUACGACUCGCAUACGCAGAGAACAUCGCUCAGUUGGCGGAGAGCGCUCUCAGGUUCCUGGAGUUGGUUCAGGAGACUCACGUCAACACAGAACAGGAAGUGAAUGAAGAAACAGAAGAAACACUGCAGCACAACGACACCUACGACUCAGAGCUCCAGGCGCUCCACGAGAUGGUGCAGCAGAAGGUGGUGACGCUCCUGUCGGACCCGGAGAACAUGGUGAAGCACAGUCUGAUGGAGGCGGGAAUCACCCGACUCUGCGUUUUCUUCGGCCGCCAAAAGGCCAACGACGUCCUGCUCAGUCACAUGAUCACCUUCCUCAACGACAAGAGCGACUGGCACCUGCGCGGCGCCUUCUUCGACUCUAUCGUGGGCGUGGCGGCGUACGUGGGCUGGCAGAGCUCGUCGAUCCUGAAGCCGCUCCUGCAGCAGGGCCUCAGCGACACCGAGGAGUUUGUGAUUUACAAAACUCUGAACGCUCUGACGUGUAUGUGCGACCUGGGCCUCCUCCAGAGACAACACAUCAACGAGUUUGUGUCCGACAUCGCUCCGUUCCUGUGCCAUCCAAACCUGUGGAUUCGUUACGGCGCCGUGGGCUUCAUCACCGUCGUGGCCAAACACCUGAACGUGGCCGACGUUUACUGCAAACUCCUGCCCCACCUGAGCCCCUUCCUCAGCCAGCCCAUCAUCCAGAUCGAUAACGAGCUGGUGUUACUGAGCGUGCUCAAAGCUCCGGUGAGUCGCUCCAUCUUCGACUACACCCUGCGCUCCAAAGACAUCUCCAGCCUCUUCCGCCACCUGCUGCUCAGACAGAAGCAGCGCAGCGGCAGCCUCCCCGAGUGCCCGGCCCCCGAGGACCCCAACAUCGCCCAACUGCUCAAGAAACUCCUGUCCCAGGGCAUGACGGAGGAGGAGGAGGACAAACUGUUGGCGUUGAAGGAUUUCAUGUUGAAGUCGAACAAGGCGAAGGCGUCGAUGGCGGAGCAGAGUCAGACUGAGCGCGCUCAGAGCGGCAUCAUCGACCUGGGAACACUCGGCAUCAUGGGACGCCAGGUCGACCUGGUGAAACCACGACCCGACUCCGACGACAAGAGAGCUCGUAAACACACCAAACAGGACUCAACGAUGAAUGAGGAGUGGAAGAGCAUGUUUGGAUCCCAAGAACCGACCUCCACCUCUGCUACACCCUCAGAGGUGUGUCAGAAGCGUUCGUCGGCUCCGCCCUCGAUCCCUGUGGUCCAGUCCUGGUCCGGUCCGGGUUUUCAGAGGAGGUUCCACAGCUGCAGGUCUGAUCUUCAGACUCUGGUGCAGCUGAAGCGAGAACAGAGCAGCGCCGAGAGGAUGGCCAAGCACCUGCUGGAGAGCGCCGAGUGGGAGAGCCGCCCGCCGCCGCCAGGGUGGCAUCCUAAAGGUCUUCUGGUCGCUCACCUUCACGAGCACAAAGCCGCCGUCAACAGGAUCCGAGUCUCAGACGAACACUCCAUCUUCGCCACGGCCUCCAACGACGGAACCGUCAAAGUGUGGGACAGCCAGAAGAUGGAGGGCAAGACCACCACCACCAGGUCGGUCCUGACGUACGCUCGACUCGGUGGACAUGUGAAGACUCUGUCGUUCUGUCAGGGGUCUCAUUAUCUCGCCGUCGCCUCCGACAACGGCGCCGUCCAGCUCCUCGCCAUCGAAGCCAACAAACCGCCCAAGUCCCCCAAAGUCCAGCCCUUCCAGACCAGGACGCUGGACCUGUCGGAGGAGGGCUGCGUGGUGGACCUGCAUCACUUUAACUCGGGGGCCCAGUCGGUGCUGGCGUACGCCACAGUGAACGGAUCCCUCGUGGGGUGGGACCUGCGUCAAGGGACCAACGCCUGGACCCUGAAACACGACCUGAGGCUCGGACUCAUCACCUCCUUCUGCGUCGACAUGCACCAGUGCUGGCUCUGCCUGGGCACGAGCAGCGGCACCAUGGCCUGCUGGGACAUGAGGUUCCAACUGCCCAUCUCUAACCACGCCCACCCGGCCCGCGCCCGCGUCCGCAGACUCCUCAUGCACCCGCUGUACCAGUCCUCUGUGAUCGCAGCUGUCCAGGGGAAUAACGAGGUGUCGAUGUGGGACAUGGAGACCGGAGACAGGAAGUUCACGCUGUGGGCAAGCUCCGCCCCCCCUCUGUCCGAGAUGCAGCCUUCUCCUCACAGUGUCCACGGGAUCUACUGCAGUCCAGCCGACGGGAACCCACUGCUCCUGACCGCCGGCUCCGACAUGAGGAUCAGGUUCUGGGACCUGGUGUACCCUGAGCGUUCGUACAUCGUGUCAGGAGGAGCUCACGACUCGCUGCACUGUCCCUCUGUCCUCUACAGCCGCAAGAUCAUCGAGGGAACCGAGGUGGUGCAGGAGAUCCACAGUAAACAGAAGUCUGGUUCUUCGGAGGACGGUCCGCGCAGAGGACCAGAUGCCCUCCCAGUGGGACACCACGACAUCAUCACGGACAUCGCCACGUUCCAGACGACGCAGGGUUUCAUCGUGACGGCGUCUCGCGACGGUAUCGUCAAAGUGUGGAAGUGAACCGACAACCUCACCGUAAGAGGGCGCCACCGUCAACCACCCACAAUCCACUGCUCUGUUCUACUGUUCUAAUGUUCCACUGUUCUACUGUUCUACUGUUCCACUGUUCUAAUGUUCUGUUGUCAUUUAUACUGACACACACACUCACACAUCAGAACAUCAGAACAUUAGAACAUUAGAACAUUAGAACAUUAGGACAGUAGAACAUGACUCUUGGUUCACAUAGUGAAGUUUUAAACCAUGAGUUUGUUUUUGGAGUCAUCAGAGUUUGAGUCUGGACUUUUGCUCCUGUCUGGACUUUUGCUCCUGUCUGGACUUUUGCUCCUGUCUGGACUUUUGCUCCUGUCUGGACUUUUGCUCCUGUCUGGACUUUUGCUCCUGUCUGGACUUUUGCUCGUGUCGUUUGUUGGUUUAUUUUCUGCUGUAAAGUGUCAUAAAAUGAAAUCGAAUAAAUCUGUGUGAAAAAUCGUG